UUAUUAUUCAAUUCGCCAGUCCUUCAACUCUGCUCCUCCGCCAAAGAGGCUGGCAUUCCAAUGCCUGUCGUCCAGUAUUCAGACUUCCUCUUGGGAGGAGUGGCAUCAAUGGGUGCCACUAUAUUCACAAAUCCUCUGGAAGUUAUUAAGACGAGGAUCCAGCUUCAGGGUGAACUGGCGGCUCGAGGAACAUAUGUUGAGCCAUACAGAGGCAUUUUCCAAUCCCUAAUUACUGUGGCGAAACACGAUGGUAUUACAGGACUUCAGAAGGGACUUGUUCCUGCUUUGUACUUUCAAUUUGUUCUCAACGCUUUUAGAUUAGGCAUCUACAAUUGUGCUGUUGACGCCGGCUGGACGAAAUCACAUGGCGGGAAGGAGUCUUUCGGAAGGAAUCUCUUCUGGGGAGCAACUGGAGGCUUGGCCGGAGCCGUUCUCUCAUCGCCCUUCUUCAUGAUCAAGACUCAUUUGCAAUCUCAGGCGGUGAAAGCGAUCGCUGUGGGUCAUCAACAUCCGCACACGGGCAUGUCUCAUGCCUUUAAAGAGAUUUACAGAGCACAUGGCUUCAGUGGCUUAUAUCGUGGCGUUUUGGCGACGAUUCCUCGCGCUAUCCUGGGAAGUGGAGGUCAAUUGGCCACAUUUGGGGUGACCAAAGACAUGAUCAGGCGCCAUUUGGACAUCAAAAAUCCAGUGUGGGUGUCUCUUCUGGCGGGAAUGCUCGCGGGAUCCGUGAUGGCGAUGACAAUUACACCACCAGACGUGAUCGCCACGCGGCUGUUCAACCAGGGAGUGGACGAGAAGGGCAAAGGAAUCUACUACCGAGGCGUGAUUGACUGCUGCAUCAAAGUCGUGAAGGCGGAGGGCAUCUAUGGACUCUACAAGGGCUUCUGGGCAACGUAUUUGCGCAUCGGGCCUCACGCAACACUCGUGCUUAUGUUUUUUGAUCAAAUGAUAAUGUACAAGACCAAGCUGACGGGAAAUGCCUAGUAAUUCUUGUGAUAUUUGUCAAUUUGUAGUUCUAAUUUGUUAGCAAAUAUACUCGCCUGUUGCCAUUGUGGUGAAUUGUUUCUGCAUUAUGUCCACAAUAUCAAUUAAAGUGCCUAAGAUUUAUGCAAUGCUUAUUACAGUAUAUAGACUAAAGUGUUGUCUUAAGGAGUGGAGUUAAUGUGUAUUGUUACUGGGCUGUCGAACAUUUCAGUUUCCCUUUUCUGUUCACUGAAGUGGUUAAAUUAUUAUGUGCGAGGGAAAGAUAUGAUUUUUCUGUUAUAUUGAAGUCAUUUCUUUGACUUCUCGCAAUAUCUUGUUUAAUUAGGAUAUAAGAAGUUGACUCAGAAUAAUUAUCGUAAAAUUCACACAGACUGAUAUCCUUAUGUGUAAUUGUAAGAUCUUCACACUUGAUCUUACUACAAUUUUUCCCAUAAUUGCAGCUAUGCGCAUGUGAAUGCAAAAUCUCAAUGAUAAGACAUUGAAAACCACACUGUA